AUGGCUGCAGAACCUGCUAAGUAUGAAGCAAACAAGUUCUUCCUUUCUUUCUUGCAGGGAAGGAAUUGCCUUCUCCCCUCCCCACCAAUGAGUUUUGAUGAAAACAUUUUCACAAAUAGACAUAAAAGUCUUAAGCAACAGUCUUCUUUUCAUCCGUAUCUGACUCAUUCAUCAUGUCUGUAUUUUUUCUUUUCUUCCCUCUCUCUGCCUAAUUUCUUAUUUUCCUUUUUCUUCUUCUCUUUUCUAUUUUUUCCUCCUUUUCUUUCUUUCUCUUUGCUUCCUUUCAAUCUAUUUUUUCCUCCUUUUCCUUCUUUCUCUUUGCUUCCUUUCAAUCUAUUUUUUCCUCCUUUUCUUUCUUUCUCUUUGCUUCCUUUCAAUCUAUUUUUCCUUUUUCCUUUUUCAAUCUAUUUUUCCUAUUUUUUCCUCCUUUUCCUUCUUUCUCUCUGCUUCCUUUCAAUCUAUUUUUUCCUCCUUUUCCUUCUUUCUCUCUGCUUCCUUUCAAUCUAUUUUUUUUCUCCUUUUCCUUCUUUUUCUCUUUGCUUCCUUUCAAUCUAUUUUUUCCUCCUUUUCCUUCUUUCUCUUUGCUUCCUUUCAAUCUAUUUUUUCCUCCUUUUCCUUCUUUCUCUCUGCUUCCUUUCAAUCUAUUUUUUCCUCCUUUUCCUUCUUUCUCUCUGCUUCCUUUCAAUCUAUUUUUUCCUCCUUUUCCUUCUUUCUCUCUGCUUCCUUUCAAUCUAUUUUUUCCUCCUUUUCUUUCUUUCUCUCUGCUUCCUUUCAACCUAUUUUUCCAUCUUAUUCUGA